CCUCAGAUUCCUCAGAUUAGCUAUGCCUCCACGGCCCCAGAGCUGAGCGAUGACCGGCGAUAUGACUUCUUCUCCCGUGUGGUGCCUCCGGAUUCGUUCCAGGCCCAAGCCAUGGUGGACAUAGUCAAGGCCAUGGGCUGGAACUAUGUAUCUACCGUAGCGUCAGAAGGAUCCUAUGGAGAGAAGGGAGUGGAUGCCUUCCAACAGCUGUCCAGAGAAGCAGGUGGGAUCUGCAUCGCUCAGUCCUUGAAGAUCCCUCACAAUCACAAGCAGGAGAACUUCGACAAGAUCAUCAGGCUGCUUCUGGACACGCGUUACGCUCGGGCAGUCGUCCUCUUCACCUCAGAUGAGGACAUAAGGGGUAUCCUGAACGCCAGUAAGCGGGCGGACCAGGUGGGUCAUUUCCUGUGGGUCGGCUCAGACAGCUGGGGAGCCAAGAACAGCCCUAUCCACCAGCUAGAGGAGGCAGCAGUGGGAGCUGUCACUAUCCUGCCAAAAAGAGCAACCAUCGCCGGCUUUGAUGCAUACUUCACGUCGCGGACGCUGGAGAACAACCGCAGGAAUGUGUGGUUUGCUGAAUACUGGGAGGAGAACUUCAACUGCAAACUGAUGAGCGCCUCCAAGAAGGAAGACACCAGCAGGAAAUGCACAGGCCAGGAGCGGAUCGGGACAGACUCUAAGUAUGAACAGGAGGGGAAGGUUCCGUUUGUGAUCGAUGCAGUGUACGCUAUGGCCCAUGCCCUUCACAACAUGCAGAGAGACCUGUGUCCCGAUGUCUCAGGGAUCUGUGAAGAAAUGAACCUAGCUGGGGGCAAGAAACUGCUCAAGUACAUCCGCAGUGUCACCUUCAAUGGAAGCGCAGGGACGUCGGUGACGUUCAACAGGAACGGAGACGCACCAGGACGUUAUGACCUGUUCCAGUACCAGAUGAACAACAACAGCUCCCCCGGAUACAAGAACAUAGGACAGUGGAUGGAAACUCUGCAGCUCAACAUUGAGGACAUGCAGUGGCCUAACGGAGAGAUAGAGAUUCCCAGCUCCGUGUGCAGUCUGCCCUGCAGGACAGGAGAGAGGAAGAAGACAGUGAAAGGCAUGCCGUGUUGCUGGCACUGUGAACCCUGUGAUGGUUACCAGUACCAGUAUGAUGAAACAUCCUGCAAGCUGUGCUCCUACAGCAUGAGGCCCAACCCAAACAGGACUGCAUGCCAGCUCAUCCCCAUCGUGAAGCUGGAGUGGCACUCCCCCUGGUCAGUGAUCCCCGUCUUCCUCGCCAUGCUGGGCAUCAUCGCCACCAUCUUCGUCAUGGCAACCUUUGUCCGCUACAACGACACGCCCAUCGUGCGUGCGUCGGGCCGUGAGCUGAGCUACGUCCUCCUCACCGGGAUCUUCCUCUGUUACAUCAUCACCUUCCUCAUGAUCGCCAAGCCUGACGUCGCCGUCUGUUCAUUCCGACGGAUCUUCCUAGGUCUCGGUAUGUGUAUUAGCUACGCGGCCCUCCUCACCAAGACAAACCGUAUCUACCGCAUCUUCGAAGAGGGUAAGAAGUCGGUGACAGCACCCAGGCUGAUCAGCCCGACCUCCCAGCUGGCUAUUACUUCUUCCCUGAUCGCCAUUCAGCUCCUGGGGGUGUUUAUUUGGUUCGGGGUGGACCCCCCAAACACCAUCAUCGACUACGACGAACAGAAGACCGUCAACCCCGACCAGGCCAGAGGAGUACUGAAAUGUGACAUCACGGACCUGCAGAUUAUAUGCUCGUUGGGUUAUAGCAUCCUGCUCAUGGUCACGUGUACGGUGUACGCCAUCAAGACGCGGGGUGUCCCAGAGAACUUCAACGAGGCUAAGCCCAUUGGAUUCACGAUGUAUACCACCUGUAUAGUCUGGCUAGCCUUCAUACCCAUUUUCUUUGGGACAGCACAGUCCGCAGAAAAGUUGUACGUCCAGACCACCACCCUCUGUAUAUCUAUGAACCUCAGUGCCUCGGUGGCCUUGGGGAUGCUCUACGUGCCUAAAGUCUACGUCAUCAUCUUCCACCCGGAGCUUAACGUCCAGAAGAGGAAGAGGAGCUUCAAGGCGGUGGUGACGGCCGCGUCCCUGACCACACGCCUCUCACACAAGACCGGUGACAGGCCCAACGGAGAGGCCAAGACGGAACUUUGUGAAAACGUCGAUCCAAACAGUCCAGCAGCAAAGAAGAAAUAUGUGAGCUACAACGACCUUGUGAUCUAAGAGCCGUCAUAAGAGAAGGACAUGAUGGAUGGAGACGCUUGGUCUCCAGCCCCAUUGGCAACAAAAAGGAAUGAAAAGGAUGUUUAUGUUCAUGCUGCUCUACUGGCCCACUCACACCCCGGAACCCCUCGGAACCCCAUGGAACCCAGGAACUCCGGAACACGACAGGGACAAUGGGGUGGGUUCCUGGCUUAUAGAGCUUUCCGUUCAACCAGAGGAUUCUGUCUGGCAAAACGGAUGUUUUAACAUGGUCACGAUGGAAUGGAAAAUACCAAAAAGAGACAUACUAGGGGGGUAGAAUGUCAAGAAAAAUGUUCAAGAAAAUCAAGACAGACAGUUCUGACGGGGCACAAAAAAUAUAUAUACGAAAUCAAUUGUUUUGCAAAAUGAUUGCAAAGAAAAAAAGAAGCAGAGAAUGCUGCUACUGUACGGGACGAUGCACAGCCCCUCCCUGCUGGCUUGUACAACCCCCCCCCUGUGCUCCUCAGGGUUAUGGUGGUCGUCUCUGCCGACCCCUCAGAGAUGACCCCCCACUCCCUAGAGGUACGCUGGAUGCAGCAGAAGGAUUACCUGUCUUGGAGGACUCACCUGUACUUCUACCUGCAAUGGGGGCUGUUUCUUGUCUUUUAAUGUCCUUCCAAAUUGCAAGUUUUCCAAAAUUCCUGUCGAAACAAAGUGUGUGGUUCUAUUGGUCUAUCUGUUUCCUUUGUUGUUCUUCUUUUAAGAUCAAACUUUUUCUUUUUUCUUGUCUGUUUUUUCCUUCCUUGCUUCUUGGAUGCACAUUCAAUUAAAGCCAUAUUCUUGUCUCUGAGAUGUCAAGUAUUUGUUCAUAUUUAUUUUAUUUAUUGUUUUGGGGGGUGGGGGGUUGUAUGUGGGCCCACAAGAAAGAGGUACAGUGCUUGCUUUUCCAUUCCCGUAUGUGUGUGGGUGUUUCUACAGAUGUGUUUUUAGUAUGUUGUAAGGGUACGGUAUUGACCAUCAACUGUGUUUUUAAAGUGACUAAAAGAGAGAUCCAGUCCAGUCAAGGCUUUAUUGGCUUGAUAUGAAAACUCCAAUGACUCCAAUGGUUUUCAGAUUUAACAAGGUGUCUGUCCCCGUGUAGAAGUUGUCAAUGCAUGCCAGCUAUGUUUGAUGUUAAGAUUAAGUCAAUAACUGGAGAUUUCACCACACAUGUGAUCCACUAGCUCUGAAUGGCAUACAAUAUCUAUCUAUAUUUUUUUUACAUUUUCUCACUGAAUGCAGAAUAUGGCUUUAAUUCGUCUUGGAGUUUUCUUAAUUAUGGAAAAUUGUCUGUAAAAAAUAUGAAUAUAUAUUUAAAAACAAAACAAUCAAAAAAAGAAAAAAAGCAUGUAUGUUUUAUACUGUUUGAACUAAGUAUAUUCAUGUUGCCCUUGCUGCUUAUGUGCCAAUGUUGUGGGAGAUAAAAAUUUACGUUUGGCCACUCA